ACCAUUCUUCCUUCCUUCCUUCCUUCACUCACAAAUUCCCAAAACCAAAAGAAGAAAACAGAAUUACAUCUGUCCAAACUCUUUCUCUUUCUUCUGUUUUCAUCAGUAAUGAAUGAAAUGUGAAAUCUGCAGGUCACCGGAGGAGGAGGAGGAAGACUUUCUACCUUCCAUCGAUAAACAGAUAGAUCAAUCAUCAUCAUCAUCAUGUUGCAGAGAGCUGCAAGCAAUGCGUAUUCAUGGUGGUGGGCCAGCCACAUCCGCACCAAGCAAUCCAAAUGGCUCGAACAAUGCCUCCAAGACAUGGAGGAGAAGGUCAAAAGAAUCCUGAAAAUCAUCGAUGACGACGGCGACUCCUUCGCCAAGCGGGCCGAGAUGUACUACAAGCGCCGCCCGGAGCUCAUCUCCUCCGUCGAAGAAGCUUUCAAAUCCUUCCGGGCAUUGGCCGACCGUUACGACCUCUUGUCCAAAGACCUCCAGAACGCCAACCACACCAUCGCCACCGUCUUCCCGGAGCAAGUCCAGUUCGGCAUCGGAGAAGACGACGACUUCCCCUUCCCCAAAAACCCCCCUUCCGCCGCCGCCAUCGCCGCCGGCGCCGGAAAACCCAAUUUCCCCGUUCCCACCAUUCCCGAAGCUCCGCCGCCCCACCCCGACUGGAAACCGACUCCGAUCCCCCCCGCCACCGCGUCGCCGAGGGCGGCGCUUCCGCCGCCGUCGCCGUUCAAGAGCAAGAGAUCGUCGGAAGGCGAAAACCAACCGAAAUCAGGGCUGAGCAAGGAGGAAGCUUUGGAGGAAAUCAAGAAGCUUCAGAAGGAGAUCCUGGCCCUGCAAACGGUGAAGGAAUUCAUCAAAAGCUCCUACGAAAAUGGCGUCACAAAGUACUGGGAAAUCGAGAACCAGAUCAUGGAUAUGCAGCACCGGGUCCUGGAGCUCCAGGACGAGUUCAAUGUCGGCGCCGUCAUCGAAGACGACGAAGCCCGGACAUUAAUGGCGGAGGCCGCCCUCAAAACCUGCGAAGAAACCUUAACAAUGUUGCAAGAUAAACAAGACAAGUUAAUCUCCGAAGCCCGUCAAGAAUACACCCGAAUCGAAACCGCCUGCAAUCGAGUCAAAUCCCUCCGCGACAAGUACCUCGACGACGAUCCGGACGCCGGCGCCGGCGAAAAUUCCGGCAAAGACGUAACUCAGUUAAUAGUACAAGAAACAAAGGCAAUCGAAGCAUCAACCCCACCAUCAGAAAAGCCUAAUAAGGACAGCGCCGACAGCGUAACCGCGAUCAUGGCAGUGAACAUAACCGUCUCCCAAAUGGUAGAAAAAAUCGACCAUUUGGUGAACAAAGUGCUAAGCCUCGAGACGGCGGUGUCGACGCACAACGCCCUCGUCGACAUGCUGACGAGGCAGGCCGACGAACUCCACGCGCAGAUACAUCGGCUGGAGGACGAAAAGAGCACAUUGAUCGAAGACGCGGCCGCCUUGAGGAUGAAGGUGAAGGAGAUGGAGGAGAAGCUAAGCAAUCUUCACGACCUGAAUCGAAACGUCGAAAGCCAGCAUAUCGACAUCCAGAAGGACAUGGUCGAGGCUCGAUCGAGCCUCGGAAACCUCUCAGGUCAGGUUAGUGGCGUAAAGCUCGAAGACGAGACAGAGGAGAGCGAGUCGCAAGACAACCUCGAGGAAGUCGCCAAGUCUGAGGAAAAAGUCGAGGAUAAGGUCGAGGAUGAUGGCGACAACAAAGAUGUAGUAGCUCAAGUGGACGAGGAUGCGAAAAGCUUCGUCACAGCUUCCGACAUCGAUUCGAUGAAAAUUGAAGAAUCGAAACCGGAAGUACUACCGGAGCCAGAAUCGAAAACAGAACUGGAGCCAGAAUCGAAAACAGAACUGGAGCCAAAAACAGAGCCCGAAACAGAGCAACUUCGAAAAGAGACUAAAAAGACGGCGUCGUCGAUCCAUCCGAUCCCGCCCCCGGAGAAAGUCGAAUCUGAGAAACCCGCCGCGGCGAGGAGCGAAGACAUGAGCUGGCAACAGAUACUCUUAAGCGGAGUCGAGGAUCGCGAAACGAUCCUACUAAAAGAAUACACGGCGAUCCUCCGAAACUACAAGGAUCUAAAGCGGAAGCUCCACGAAAUGGAGAAGAAAGAAACCGACGCCCAAUUCAACGAGACGCUCCGAAUGCGGGAGCUCCGAAAAGCCAUACUCAAGCGCGAUCAAGAAAUCCAAAUCCUUCGACGACACCUGCAAAGCUCAUUACAAGACGGUGAAGACAUCGAAUCGAUCUUGGAAACAGACAACGACAAAAUGACCGAAGAAAUAACAUUCGAGAAACUCCCAUCCCUCACAAAAUCCGAGUUGAAAAUCCGGUCAGACAUUGACGCCAUACUCGAAGAGAACCUCGACUUCUGGCUAAAGUUCAGCACGGCGUACCAUCAAGUCCGGAAGUUCAAAACUGAGGUCGACGACCUGCAGAACGAGGCGUGGAAGCUUAAGGAGAAGAGGAAACCCGACGGGAGCUCGUCGUCGCACUUAAAAUCCGACGUUAGGGCGAUCAGGAACCACCUGAGGGAAAUUCAGACCAAGCUAUCGGUCUGGUUGGAUCAGAACGUGUCGCUAAAAGACGAGCUCGAAAACAGGUCGGCGUCGCUGCAAAGCGUUCAAGACGAGCUCGGAAAAGCUUUAGGUGAGAACGGCGAGGAGGAAGAGAUUCAGUUCAGUAGCCUGCAGGCCGCGAAGCUGCAAGGAGAGAUUGUGAGUCUGCAGCAAGAGAACAACAAGGUUCGGGAGGAGCUUCAGACAUGUUUGGAUCAUGUCAAGAUUCUGCGGCUGGAAAUCGACAAGUCGAUACGGCAACUUAGCGAGGAUUUCGGCAUUAGCGAGCAGCUAGAGAACGCGUCGAAAAUGAGGAUACCUCUGCGAGCGUUCUUGUUCGGAAGUAAGGCGAAGAAGCAUAAGGCGUCGUCGGCAUCGUCGUCGUCGUCGACGUCAAGCUCUAUAUUCUCACGGAAGAGUAAUACUAAUAAUAAUACGAGCAAAAGACAUGAGGUGAUCAAGAGUGAUGCUGAUGUACAUAUGGCUAGCCAGUGAUGAUCAUCUGUUUAUUUUUUUUUGAUCUUCGAUGUUUUUAGCUGCAUUGUAGUAAGCUAGCUAGAUUUUAUUUCAUUUUAUUUUUUAUUUUUUUGAGAAAAGAUUUGUGGUUUGAUUCUCGUUUUGGAAUAGGAGUUGUAAGUUUGUUUUGCUUCUU